AUGUAUCAGCGAGCUUGUUCUUUCGGUGAUGACCAGCAUUCCAUGACCAUAGGUGAAGCUGAGCCUUCAGAAAACCAAAACCACCCAUGCAUUAGUAAGAAUGAUCAGAGCUCACAACCUCAUUCCUGGCACUCCUCCAAGCUGACAGAGGAGGAGUGUGAGCCCCUUGGGAGAGAAACCACCCCAGUGUCAGUCUGGCAACAAAAAGAAGCAAGACGCAAAGAGUCACGCUGUCCAAAAGACCACAAUAACCUGCAUCUGUUAAGCGACCAUCUCAUCUCAGUGAGUAACAUGGAGAAACUGGGCCAUCCUGCGCCUCCUUUCCCACCACAUCGUGCUUCUCUAGCGAAACACACCAGCAGCAGCGAGCAUCUCAUUGGUACUGAAAGCAAAAGAGAGACAUUUAGCUUUUUUUCCAGUGUCUCCAACACUGUGGUUCUAGAUUCAAGCUCGCUUGGCAUUAAGGGAACCAGUACGGAAAACAUGUUUUUCAAGGGUCUUCGGGAUGAAGGGCCCCUUAUAGUGGAGCGCCCAGAGUACUUCCAGACUCCUUGCCAGGAGGGGCUAUGGUUGGACGAGCAGAACUCCUCAUGGAUCUCAAGUAGAUUCAAGGCCAGCGUUGGUUCAGUGUGGAAAGUACCAGAUGAGAAAAAGGACAAGUCUCCUCCUCCACUUCCCUUAUGGCGGAAUGACAGUUGUGUUGUCACAAGAGUGUUUCCCUACUCUGAGCAAUCUGAAAAAAAUCGAAACACUCAUUGCAGGUCAGUUGAAAAAAACACCAAAUCCAGAUAUAGCGUCACCUCACUGUCAGACCGAGUAGGUGAACACAACGAACUACACCCAAACAAACAUUUUUCAUUGUCCAGCACUGAUGUCAGACAAUGCUACACCAAGAGACUUUACCAUCAGAAACAGUACAGUGAUGAAAUCCCCCUUUACCCCCAGACAAGCCAAGCUCCUCACAUUCAGAGUGUUGGAAGUUACUAUCGCAGUUUACAGAAUCUGCCAAUGAAGGCCACCAGCAGUAAAUUGGUCUGUUGCUCUUCAACCUCCACGGCUGCCACGAACCAAGAAAAUGACACCUACUCUGGUCCUGUGAAUAAAAAUAAAAACCACCGGAUGGACGGCACAGAAAAUAAAGGCAGCAAUGGAUUUCUGAAAAAUGUCCUUCUGCUUGACCCACAAAGCUCUGAAACCUCCCACUGCCGUGACCCACAGGACACCACAGAGAAAAGUGAAAGACACAUUAACAAUAAAGAAAUCAUUUUCACAGCUCAUCAAAGUAGUAAUCAUAACAUAGGUCUUUCAAUGCCACAAGAACACCGCCGAAUAUCCCCCUUGGAAACGCCAAUGCUUCAUUCUCUGGCAAAGGAAAUGAGAAUUAAGAUGGGAGUUAAACCAACAAGUAUCGUGUCAUCCCAGAAUGUCUGCGACUCCAUGGUCACCAGUAGUGGGAAAUCGAGUCGGAGUGGUAACCGUUAUGCCACGAUACUACGGAAUGAAGUGCACCAGAAACGAGCUCAGCUGCAUAAAAGCUGUAGUGCUGCAACACUGACUUGCGAUGUCCAGGAUGAGGACCCUGCAGAGUGGAAAUAUGCAGAGCCUUCUUCAUCAUACAACAUCUCCCCCACAAAUACCUACAAAGACAAUCUAAAAGAGGCACAGGCACGGGUCCUACAGGCUACCUCUUUUCAGAGACGGGAUCUAGAACCCCUUGGAGCAGAGGCACCAGUGCUUAAAACCACUAAUGAACGUGUUAGAGGACGUAAGCAUUUUUCCUUGGCCAAACAUAUGCAUUCUUUCUCAGAACCUGACAUGAUAGAUCUGGUAGGAGUGGACAGAGAGCAUCAAGAUAGGGCUCUUGAACAAAUGUCGUUCCUUGAGCCCAAGGCAACGUUUUCAAAACCUGUUAUACUAGAUUCAACAUCCAUUACAGAUUUGAAUCCACGUGCAGGUAAGGCAAUUCAAACCGAAGUGAGAAGUAUGUCAGGGGAGGCUCAGAAGACUCAUUGGUCAGUAGAAAACAACUGCUUCAGCCCCCCAGCAGUGGAAGUCCUACUGGAGCAACAGAACCUCGGAACCUUUGCUGAGUACGAAGCCAAGUGGAACAAACAGAUGAGGACACCUGAGCCCAUGAUCCAAGGCAAGUACUACUCAGCAGAAAACAUCUUGGAAACUGAAGCUCAGGAGAAGACAGUGUCAUUUCAUGAGCGAUCCAGAUCUUCUCCCUCUGCAGAUUUCUGUACUCAGAAUAUCCCAGCCCUGUGGAUAGAUCCUCUAAACAACCAGGGCAUUGACCUUGCAAGCCUAAACCCAGCCCUUGGCUUCCAGCUGCCACCCCAGCCAUUACAAGCCAAUGCUGUCUCACCAUCCAGAUCCAAUUUAGGCCCAGAAACAACUUGCUUGUCCCAGGAUUUCCUUUCAGCAGAACUUGCAGACCCAGUGAUGCUUCAUCCCCUGUCAAACUUGGACACCACCACCAAGGGCUCGACCCCUCCGGGUUCUCCUUACAGGAUGCCUCAAUCUGACAGAAGCACAGGAGGUGGAGAAAGCAAGGAGGAGCAGAUACCAUCUUUCUCCUCUUUAUCUCAUCUUGCAAAGAACCACCCUCACCCUCCCUCACCACACAGUCCCACUCUGAGGCUGACAGAACAGCUGCCUUUGUCCCUGCAGAAGGAUUCACCUCUCUGGUCUGAAAAUGAUACGCUCUCAAAAACUAUGUUUAACAUUAACACUUCAGGGAAAAAAGGUCUUGGGCUGGUACCAACUAACCCAUCUCAGAGCUGCAAUAUGUCUGGCAUUAUGAAACCAAGCUCCAAAAUAAUCUCGGUGGAUGCCAGUGCGAUGUGCCCCUCCUCAGAAUUCAAUGUUUGCAAACAGCAGGCUACUCAGGACCUGGGACAUGAAUUGCAACUGUUCAGAGUCAAAGGUACCAUUUCAGAGUCAAAUCUAAGAGUGCAAGGAGACAUCCAGACAGAGCAGCUGGUCAGGGACAUCAUGCCCAAAGAUAAAUCACUGAUGGAGAUCUCAUGUCAAAGUGGAAGGAAGAACACAGUGGACCUGAUGGAGGGAUUAUUUCUACAAGAAAAACAGAUGUUGGAGGGAGGCCAGCAAUGCAGGAGAACCUCCAGUGGCUCCAACCUGUCCAGCACAAGCAGGAGGGAUGAGGACGAUGUCUCUCUAGCAGAUUUGCUGGUUCCCAGCUCCUCCUACUACAAUACGUCAGCUCCAAAAGCUGAACUCCUCAUAAAGAUGAAGGACAUGCAGGAACAAUUGGUGGAACAAGACUCUGAGGAUGAGGUGGACGUGGACUUGGCCAGUAAAAAGGAGCUGAUCUCAAGCCUGGCCAAGAAGCUGGAGGUGCUACGGGGGGCACGACAAAGCCUACAGGAGGAUGUAGAGGACAACGAGGCUUUGGGUAGCGAAGUGGAGACAACUGUGCAGCGCUUUUGCCUGCCCAGCCAGCUGGACAAGUUCCGAAUGUUUGUGGGUGACUUGGAUAAAGUCGUGAGUCUACUGCUGUCACUGUCGGGUCGUUUGGCGCGGGUGGAGAACGCUCUCAACUGUCUGGAAGAUGGAGCGCCUUCAGAAGAGAAGCGCACCCUGACUGAGAAGCGCAAACUGCUCAUGCGGCAGUAUGAGGACGCCAAAGAGCUGAAGGAUAACUUGGACCGACGGGAACGUCUGGUGUCCUCUGUUAUGGAGGCUCACUUGGACCCUGAAUGCCUGGACGACUAUCGUCAUUUUGUCAAGAUGAAGUCCGCACUCAUCAUCGAGCAGCGCAAACUGGAGGACAAAAUCAAGCUGGGUGAGGAGCAGCUCAAGUGCCUACUGGACAGUCUAGUCGGACUAGAGCAGAGGUCGCAGUUUUAAUACCCCCGUCCUGGACCCUCACAGAGUGCAAGAAGAAGCUCUUUGCUGUGGUUACACUCUUUUCACUGGUUAUGCUGUUACUGGUUGUGUAUCCAAUGAAGGAUUUCUUUUGCACAUGGUGUGUCAUGCUGUUAUGCACGUACUGUAUGUGACAGCGCUAAACAUUACAGAAUCAAUACACUUUCAGUCCUACAUCUUUAAUGGAAUUAUUGACUUAAAUCUCUUUUGAUGUUCAUCUGUCAAGAUUAAACACUGUACAGAAAAUACUGUUCCACAAAAUCAUACUACGCUGUUUGAUGGAUGCCGAUAGUAGAAAAAUUCAUGCUAAAUGAUAAAUGAUGCUUUGCAUCUCCUAGAAACUUGACGCAAGUACCUACUUAAACCGUGCAGCCAAAAUACACAGAAUCCAAAACCAGGUUUAAUCUCCAAAGUUCAUGUCAGUACUGAUAUGCUUAUCUACAAGUUGCAAAAUCACUGGCUGGGUUUGUAUUUAGUACCUUGUUCUCAUUUGUUACAUAUUGUUUAAGGUUUCGAUGAAGACACAAAAGACAGAACAAAAGAAGUUAUUUGAGAUUUUUUGUAAUCCCUUGAAAUGUAUGAUGUUUGUUGUUUUCUAUUCAGUCGAAGAUCUCAGACGUCUGGUUUCUGGUUUCUACUGACAAACAGGUGUUUUCUGAGUCGCGACACUGAUUUAAAAGUCUCCCAAUAGGAGAAAGUAUCCCUCGUCCGGUGCUUUGCCAGGUAUUGUACACAAUAUCUGUCCAUUGCCACUGUGAAGCCACACCUCAUGUGCACCCUUUCACUGGGGCAAAUGCAAUAAAAGAUCAGGUCAUCUCUUUUUGUUUCCUUUUCUCCAAAUACAUUGAGAAAGAUGUAUGUCACGGAAAAGACAAGAGUAGAGUGCUGUGUAUGACUAAUGCCAAGUUGGACAAAAGCGCAAUAAAAGCAGGCCCUGUCAAACAUUUACAGCCAGCGGUAU